AUGCCCUGCCCCAGCACAGUCUCUUGGACCGCACUCAUCACCGCGUAUAUGGACGCGGGGCGUGCCAGGGAAGCUGUUGCCGUUGCGAGGGAUGCAUUCGCUAGUGGAAUGCGUCCAGACAGCUUCAUGGCUGCGCGGGUCCUGACCGCGUGCGCCCGGGUCGCGGAUUUGGGCACCGGGGAGGCAGUGUGGAGGACUGCAGAGCGGGAGGGGAUAGCGAGCAGUGUGUUUGUGGCAACUGCAGCGGUGGAUUUGUAUGUCAAGUGCGGUGAGAUGGCCAAGGCAAGGGAGGUGUUUGACAGGAUGCCGGAGAAGAAUGUAGUGGCUUGGGGUGCUAUGGUUAGCGGAUAUGCUUCCAACGGGCAUACGCAAGAGGCUCUGCAGCUCUUCUUUGCAAUGCAGGCUCAGGGAGUGAGACCAAAUUGCAGGACAGGAGCUGGUGCACUCUCAGCGUGCACGCAGUUGGGUGCAUUUGAUCUGGCACAGCAGGUUGUUGCUGUGGUGGACUGGGAUCAGCUUCUUGACAACCCAGUUCUAGGGACUGCGUUGAUUGAAAUGUACUCCAAGUUUGGGAGCACGGCCGAGGCAUGGUUCGUGUUCCAGCAGAUGAGAAAGAGGGGCAUUACUGUUUGGAACGCCAUGGUUUUGGGGCUCAGCAUGACUGGACAUGAUAGGUCUGUGUUUGCCCUUGUAGGCCAGAUGGAGAAGUCAGGCAUGAAAUUGAAUGGCAUGACUUUCAUGAGCCUUCUCUACAGCUGUACUCAUGCCGGCCUUGUACAAGAUGGACGGCGCUACUUCCAUAACAUGACUCAGUUAUACCGCAUUGCUCCUAGGAUUGAGCACUACGGUUGUAUGGUCGACCUUCUCAGUCGCGCUGGGAUGCUCAAGGACGCUCAUCGGCUUAUUAGUGAAAUGCCAAUGCAGGCAAAUGCUGCCGUCUGGAGUGCACUUCUUGGUGGCUGCAAGAUUCACCGAGACGCUGAGCUUGCUGAACAUGCCUUGAAACAGCUCAUCCUGCUAGAGCCCUGGAACUCUGGGAACUAUGCCAUGCUCUCCGACAUAUACUCUAACAGCAGCAGAUGGAAGGAUGAUGCAAAGCUUAGAUUGCACAUGAAGGUGAUAGGGGUCAAGGAGGUCACCGGAUAUAGCUGGGUUGACUUUGAUGGUAAGGUCCACAAGUUCCAUGUUGGAGAUAACUGGCAUCCCCUCAUGGAUCAAAUAUACAAAAAGCUAGAUGAAUUAGGCAUGGAAAUGGAAACCAUAGGUUACAAACCAACUACUGAUGUUGUCAUGUUUAACGUUGAAGAUGAGGAGAAGGAGCACACUCCAGUUCAUCAUAGCGAGAAACUUGCCAUUGCAUUUUGCCUUCUCACCACCAGACCAGGCGAGGCCAUUAGGGUCAUCAAGAACACCAGGGUUUGCACCGACUGUCACACUGAUAUUAAACUUAUAUCAAGGAUAACUCAUCGGGAGAUCAUUGUUCGGGAUAACAGCAGAUUUCAUUGUUUCAGAGAUGGUUGUUGCUCUUGUAAUGAUUACUGGUAG